AUGGGUAUAAAUAACAUAACAGCCAAUGUCUUUCCUCCUCCUGUCCCACACACGUAAACACAGGGAAAAAAUACUCUCCAUGUUACCCCUGUUUUUCCAGGGUGACUACAUUCAUUGUUUUUAUCUGAAUCUGUGUACCCAGGCUACUUUCCCCGAAAAAAACAAUCCUCUUACCUACCUAAUAUACUACCAAAAGAUACUUGUUUUAUUCCCCUAUGCAAAAUGAGAUAUUCUCUCAAUUUUCUUUCAAAGCGAUUUAAUAUGAAGUGUGUAAUAGGAACCUCUAUGCUUAAAGUCGUCAAGUGAUGGGAGAGUGAAGCAUUCAUUGACAUAGACAGUUGAAAACGUAUGUGAGAAGACAGUUUAUGGUAUAGUGUUUGAGAAGCUUGACUGAGAGAAUGCAUACGGAAGUACAAUAGGAUUGUCAAGACAUGUAAUUAAAGUGCGAUUAGAUGGCAAAGCUGAGAGUUCAUCUCCAGCAGUUGUCAAUUGCUCCAAGGCCUGUGUUGAGGCAGGUAUAGCUUGGUCUAUCCGGGGCUGUACUUGGAAAGUAUAGUAAAAUGACCUUAGAAUAAUUUUGAGGGGACUGUUUACUGUGAUUUAACAGGAGGACCUGGGAUAUACAUAAAUAGUAUCAUUCUUAAAGGGUAAACAAUAGCAGUGAUCAUACAAUCCAAUCCAGCCACCUCAAAACAGUUUAGGGAAGAGGCAAAGAGAUACAAGAAGAUAAAGGAAAUGCACAUGUAAAUUUACAUUUUCCACAGAUGAAUCAUCAAGGAAAACCACCAGAAGACAACCUAACAGAACUGAUGGCAUUUGUUCUCUUGGGCUUUGCUGACAUGCCCCAUCUCCAGUGGUUUCUUUUUGGAUUAUUUUUAAUCAUCUGUAUCAUUAUUCUGAUGAGCAAUGGCACCGUAUUUCUAAUAACAAAAAUGGAUCCUGCUCUCCAGAGCCCUAUGUAUUUUUUCCUGGCAAAUUUUUCCUUUUUGGAAAUCUGCUACUUAUCGGCUAUUCUCCCCAGAAUGCUGAUGAAUCUAGGAACCCAGAGAAGAAGAAUUUCCUCAGUUGCCUGUGCUACACAGAUGUGCUUUGUCCUCAUGUUUGGAGGUUCAGAGUGUUUGCUCCUGGCAGUGAUGGCCUAUGACCGCUAUGUGGCCAUUUGUAACCCUCUGCGCUAUCCAUUAGUCAUGAACCACAGGGUCUGCAUUCAGUUGGUGACUGGGUCCAGGACCAUUGGAAUCCCAGUUAUGAUAGGGCAGACAUAUCAGAUUUUCUCUCUGCCUUUUUGUGGAUCUAACCAAAUCAACCACUUCUUCUGUGAUACUCCCCCAAUACUCAAUCUGGCUUGUGGGGACACCUUUGUAAAUGAGAUGUUGGUCUACAUAGUUACUGUGUUAUUUGUCAUGGUUCCCUUCCUGUUGAUUCUUGGCUCCUACAGUAAAAUCAUCUCCAUCAUCCUGAAGUUACCAUCAGCCACAAGUCAAGCCAAAGCCUUCUCUACUUGUUCAUCCCAUCUUAUGGUUGUGAUAAUUUUCUUUGGAUCAGGCAUUACUACAUACUUAAGACCCAACACUAGACACUCAGAAGGAACUGACAAAGUUUUAUCUCUUUUCUACACUAUCCUAACUCCUACGUUUAAUCCCAUGAUAUAUAGUCUAAGGAACAAGGAUGUCAUAAUGGCACUGAGAAAAUUACUAUGUAAACAAUUCAUUUUAUUAAAGAAUGAGUUAAAUGUAUAAGAAUUGCUUUCUUACAUAUUUUUAAUCAAAUUUCAGCAGAUGUAUACUUUUACUUAUAACUUGUAUUAUGGAUGGAUUGAGUCCUCCCAAAAUGUCUGUCAACUUGGCUA